AUGAACCCAAGCUAAUUUAAGGCUAAAACAAAGGGAUUUAAUGGUUGAUUCUUACCCAAAAGCCCAGAAUUUUGCACCCUCAAGCUGCAAGAGCAGCAACCGGACAGAGCAGAGCAGAGCAGAGCAGAUCCGGAUUCUGCAGAGGGGUGGGGGAAAUUUCUGGGUUCUAGAAGUGUUCUAGAGCAAGAAAACAAGGAGAAAAUCAAGCUUCCUACCGGUUUUUCUUAGCUGGUGCCGGGUUCCCUUUUUUUUUUCUCUUUCGGGUGUAGCAGCGGGAAGAAAGAAGAGCAGAAUCG